AUGAGUAAGCCCGCCGCUUCAACAAGUGGCUGCUUGGACAUUCUGAAUGUCAAAUCAAGUCGAAUCUUGGACAUCCCCUGCAAAGUGUGUGGUGACAGGAGCUCUGGUAAGCACUAUGGCGUUUACGCCUGCGAUGGAUGUUCGGGAUUUUUCAAGAGGAGUAUUCGCAGGAACAGGACAUACGUUUGCAAGUCCGGCACGCAGGGGGGAUGUCCAGUGGACAAAACGCACAGAAACCAGUGCAGAGCGUGCCGUUUGAAAAAGUGUCUUGAAGUAAACAUGAAUAAAGAUGCCGUGCAACAUGAAAGAGGUCCCAGGACAUCAACCAUCCGGAAGCAGGUUGCACUCUACUUCAGGGGCCACAAAGAGGUCAACGGAUCCUCAGCUCAUUUCCCGCCCUCCUCCAUACCGGGCCCGCCGUUCUUCACCACGGUCACGCAGAUCGAGCCACACAACCUGGAGAUGAGCGCAGUCUCCAGCACGCCAGAGAGACAAACCAUCGUGGGACUAGCGCAGCCAACACCCAAGUAUCCUCACGAAGUCAGCGGCACGCCAAUGUACCUGUAUGAGGUCGCGACUGAGUCGGUGUGCGAGUCGGCAGCACGUCUCCUAUUCAUGAGCAUCAAGUGGGCCAAGAGUGUCCCGGCCUUUUCAACGCUGCCAUUACCGGACCAGUUGAUCCUCUUAGAGGACGCGUGGAGAGAACUAUUUGUUCUGGGCAUUGCACAAUGGGCGAUCCCGGUGGAUUCCAGCACCCUGUUGGCAGUGUCUGGUAUGACUACGGAAAAUACCGAGUCACAGCGGCUCAAUAAGAUCAUCGCCGAGAUCCAGGCCCUUCAGGAGGUGGUCACACGCUUCAGACAGUUGCGGCUAGACGCGACUGAAUUUGCCUGUCUCAAGUGCAUUGUGACAUUUAAAGCCGUCCCCACUCAAGGUAACGCGGAGAUAAGGACUUUCCGCAACGGUAGUGCCAUAGCGGCCCUUCAGGACGAGGCGCAGCUGACGCUUAAUAGUUACAUCCAUACCAGAUACCCCACGCAGCCUUGCCGGUUUGGGAAACUCCUGUUGCUCCUCCCUGCUUUGCGCUCGGUCAGCCCGUCUACCAUCGAGGAGGUGUUCUUCAAGAAGACCAUCGGGAACGUCCCUAUCACACGACUGCUAUCAGACAUGUACAAAUCCAGCGACAUCUGA